CAUGGCCUGUGUAGAGGCACUGUGCACUGAAGUCUGCCUGAAGGAUCCGAGGCAAUGGACAAACAAUAGUGUUACGGUAUUGCUGUAUACCGUAGCAAGUACAUGAAUUUAAAUGUUUGCAGGCAGGUUGCCCAGAGAAUGUAGUAGUAAUGUAGUACUAAGGGAAGACUUCUCCUUGCUGUCUUGCAAGAGGCGAAUCAUGAGUUCUUGAGUCAGAAGCUUCCCAAAUAAGAAUAUCAGACUUCUUUAUAUUUGCGGUCAUGGUGAUUAAAAUGUUGGUUUAACAGUUGUAACUUCUCAUGAUGGACGUUGUGGCAGUGAGAGGUAAUAGUUGUGUUCAGCAGAACAGGCUGUCCACCUAACAGGCUGUCUGCUCACAGCUAGGUGCUUACUAAACUGUUGGUCUAUUAGUUAACUCCCACUAGCAUCUGCAACUCUGCUGAAGUUUGUGAUGGCAGAAGCAGAGGGCAGUCAGUCGUGUAACUGCAUCUGAGGAAGAGGGGCUGUGAUUACUGAAUGGUUUGUGUAUUAUUAUAGCAAAAGUCUGAAAACUUCCAGAUUUCAUUCUCAUCCUUGCCACUAUCUCUUCUGUUUGUCUUGCAUAGGCUAUUUCAUUUUCUUUCUUCCCCUGUGUAAAUGGAAGAAAACUAUGCUGCGAAGUUGCAGCUUUGUAUCGCGAAAGGCUUUCAGAUUUUCAACUAAAGAGGGAUAACGUAAUAAUCAUUCAAUUAUUAGAAUUAAGGAGCUUGAACAGACAGAGCCUGACUGACUAGUCAUAGUUGCUCUGCCUUGCAAAGUCUUUACACAAGAACUGCUAAGGCAAUUGAUUAGAGGGCUGGUAAAUCAUUUUCUGCUGACUGGCUUCUCAGUGGGAUGUAAUAAACAACGGCUUCUGUCUCAAAUGUAUUCUGGUGUUUAGAGCUUAUUGGACUCUGCUUUGGCUGAAUCAAUGCUAAUUAAUGAGCUCAGUGGCAAAACUGUGGUCCCAAGGCAGAACUUAGAAAAGAGACUCGCUGUAUUAGUGAGUUGUCUUUGACCAUGCGAAAUUCAGAGGUUUUGUCUCCUGGGAACUUUAAGACAUUUCUAGGUUUUGACUUCUCCUUUUUGCAGUAAGUGCAAUGAGAUGUCAUCAGCUUGGCAUACUUCUGGUCUGUUGGUAGUCCUUACGGCCCUUGCUAUCAGAGUGUGGGCUGAAGAGGUGAAAGAGAAGAAAUGUGAUGUGAUUGGUGAUGAGACCAGCGAGUCACAAAUGGAAAAAGCCCUGCUGAAGAAACUGGAACCUCUGAGCCAAAUGAGGUUUAACACAACUGUGGAGCUAGGCACAACAGAAAAUUACACCUACCACUUCAGGGUGUGCAGGGAGGUCGACAGCUCCUUGCAUGAUUUUGCUGGCCUAGUACAAAUUGAUAGAAAGACUGGAAAGACUACAGUGGUAGGAAGAAUCAAUGAAACCCAGGUCUUCAAUGGAAGUGACUGGAUCAUGCUAAUUUAUAAAGGGGGUGACUCAUACGGUAGACACUGCAGUAAUGAGAAGAGAAGAGCUGUGAUAAUGAUUUCUUGCAAGCGGGGGGUUACAGCGAGUUCAUUCAACAUUAUUUCAGAAGAACGAGAAAAGGAGCAGGAGUGUUUCUACCUCUUUGAGAUGGACAGCAGUGUGGCCUGCCCAGCUGAGGAUUCCCACCUGAGCAUUGGCUCAAUUCUGCUAAUCAUAUUUGCCUCACUGAUUGCAGUCUAUAUCAUUGGUGGAUUCCUCUACCAGCGCCUAGUGGUAGGAGCUAAGGGCAUGGAGCAGUUUCCUCACUUUGCCUUCUGGCAGGAUCUGGGAAAUUUGGUGGCGGAUGGCUGUGACUUUGUCUGCCGAUCUAAGCCUCGAAAUGCACCAGCUGCAUACCGUGGUGUGGGUGAUGACCAGCUGGGUGAGGAGUCAGAAGAACGGGAUGACCACUUGCUGCCAAUGUGAUAGGCUUUCAACACUUUUUUUUCCCUUCCCCCCAUCUCCCUGCUGCUUGUUUAGCCAGGUGCCUCCCAGACAGUUUUCAUCUCACUUCUGAUUUUCUUCAAACUAUUUGCUUUUGCAGUUUCUGGUGUGCCACAUUCCUAGCAUAAUGAAAGCCUCUGGGUAUGAGCACCACCAGUACCUGAGGGCAUGUGUUAUGAAUAUAAUGCUGUUUUAGGCUUUCAAGGAAUGCAGCAGAGCUUGGGGUGGGGGGGGAAAUGUGAGUUGAGAGUGGAAUAGGAGGCAGCAAAAAAUGAGUAUUCAGCAUUCAGUAUUGAGCAGGGCUGGGAGAUGAAUUAUCUGGAAGGGCACAGAUGGGUGCAAAGAGAGUGUGGAAAAGGAGACAGUGAGUUCAGCUGAGAUCCUAGGAAGAGCAUUCUGUGUCUCCUCUAAAGUUUAUUAGAACUGUAAGACACUGGCCUUAUUCUUCAAAUGCAUUUUUUCAGCUUUUCUAGCUUCUGCACUGUUACGCAAGCCAGUUUCUGCCAGCAUAACCUGCACAAGGUGCUCUAUGCCAAACUCCCUGGGGAUGGAAGAGGCAUUAGCACUUCUGCAGUUUUUCCUAAUGGUAAUGAGUUGAAAAGUACACAUCAGUUUUCUUGAAGAGAUGCAGAGAUAUGUGGGCUAUCAACAUGUAUUGUUUCAGACCGGAAAACUUAAACUAAGAGAGUUAAAUACUGUUUCAUGACUUUAUCCUUCUGUCCAAAUGACAUCUUUGUGUCUUCUCAAUCACUGGGAAGCCAAAGGAAAUAAUGUGCUGCUAAGUAAAGAGGACAUGUGCUGAAGAUGAAACUGAAAUCAAGGCAAAAUGAGAAAGUUGCAUGUAGCUGUAAUUUGGGUUGUUAAAUGCCUUCUUGAAGUUAACUGCUCAUACAGCUCAGUCACUAUCAAAAUUCUGAUUAUAUGCUUUCUGAAGUUUCAUCCUCUGGUAGAGGAUUUUUUUGUGAAGCUACUAGAUCCUUUUCUCUUUAUGAAAAGGAAACACAGAAGCUAAGGGUAAGAAUGCUAGCACAUUCAAUACUGCUUAAAGGAUUCCUGAGCUUAGAGAGUCAGCUUGGAUAAAACAUUCUCCCUAAGCAUGAUUCAGGUCAGUCUUAUAACACUUGCCCAGUGCAGGUGGAUGCUGGUACUAGCUGGGAGAACUUUCCCCUGGGACUAAGGCAGCUUCAGCUGAAUUGUAAGACUUAAUUGGAGCCUUUAGGUACUUGGCACCUUGCUUUCCAAUUGCUUUCUGUGUGAGGUGGUUAGACUCUAGCAAUUGCAUUCUGUCAUACUGUAAACUUGUGGAGACCUGUGUUCGGUCCUGAGGAUAGAGACUGUGAAUAAGCCAUUGCUGCUAACAACAGGGAACAGAAAAGACUUAAUGCAUUCUCAUACUGCAGAUGCAAUCUGAACAGUGAAACUGAGGAGUGAGUGGCCCUACCUUCUUGCUGGAUUGAGAGGGCAAACAAUUCCUGCUUUCUUUGACUUCUAGAGUCUCAAUCUUUCUCAUAACAUGGAAAAAUAGGAAGUCACCAAGUCUGCUGUUACUGUUUUUCAUGGUGGUGUUUAAGAUAAUUUGGGUUUUUUUAAUGUACAAAACACAACUUUCAAAAAUAAAAUAAACCUGAACAACUGU